AUGAGGCUUGCUCAGUUUGAGAUCACCCCCGUCUCACUCCCAAUGGGCGGAGGUCUUGGGGGCACCAGGAAGGGAGGACCUGAAGAGAACACAAGGUUCUCCGGCCGGGACGAAUACAGAGAGCGUGACAGUUCACGGGAGAGAGGAGGCGGAGGAGGAGGCGGAGGCGGAGGCGGAGACCGAAGAGGACGACCUAGGAGCAGAUCCCGGGAGAGACGUCCACGCUCUCGCAGUCGUGAGAGGGACGCAACAAGGAGGAGAAGCAGAAGUAGGGAACAUAGGAGGGGCAUCGAUGAAGAUGAGGACAGGGGCAGGAAGAGGGCAAGGCGGAGUAGAUCUCGAGAGCGAAAGAGGAGCAGAUCACGAGACAGGGACCGCAAACGUUCACGUCGUAGUAGGAGCCGUGAUCGUGGUGACCGUCGUCGUGACAGACAGGAGGGCCAGCCGGAUGAAAUAAUGCAGGACAUGCCCCUCGACUUCGAUGGAAAGAUUCUCAUAAAACAAGAGGAUCAGAACAAGGGCUACCCCGAUGAAGAGCCUAAUGGGUUCCCUCGUGAGUUCCGAGAGGAAACUGAUGAUGACCGAGAGCGAGAGCAAGAGCAGUUCCCAACAGAGGAGGAAAGACCCAAAGAUGACAGGGCAGAGGAGGAACAGGAAUACCAACAAUGA